AUGGAGAAGCCGAAGGAAUUGAUCAUUGAGCCAAAAGGCGAACUGCGCUUUGUAGGUCCCUUUACUCGUCCCGUUAUCACUGUUAUGAAAAUAACCAAUCCAACAGAUAACAUUAUACUGUUCAAGAUCAAAACGACCGCUCCAAAACGAUAUUGUGUGCGUCCAAAUUUCGGUUCACUCGAACCACAUACGCAUGCCAGGAUUGAAAUUUGUUUACAACCUUUUGUGUAUGAUCCCAACGACAAAAAUAAGCAUAAGUUCAUGGUACAGAGCUUGGUUGUGCUCGAUCACUCCGUUGAAGACUGGAACAAGUUGUGGAAAGAGUCAGAACCACAUCAAUUGAUGGAUGUGAAAUUGAAAUGUGUCUUCGAGAUGCCAACUGUAACGUCAGCCGCAGACAGCAGUGUUACUGCAGGCGCCAAUGAAAUUGUAAAGCAAGAAAUUACUGAGACAGAAAAUAAAGCAAUUCCAUUUCGCGAAGAGAAAGUAUCAAAUGUGCAACCAUCGGAUCAACGGGAAGAGUUAUUGUCCGACAUUAGGCGGCUGCGUGAAGACAAUGAGAAAUUGCUCAGAGAGAAGCGUCAUCUUACGGAUGAAAUCGUUAAAGUACGGGAUUCAUAUUCGAAACCGAUGUACGAUCAGGCCUAUACACCUAUUCUGGGCGAGAAACAAAUUCCGGUGUUCUAUAUAGCAUUGUCGAUUGUUGCGGCCAUAUUUGGCUUUCUAUUUGGCAAAUAUUUUUGAAUGCAUACAACGCAUACAAAACUCUGAAGUGCUGACAUGUUUAUCAAUAAAAACAACAACUACAUAAAAUGAGAAACGGCGUCAUACACAAACAGAUAAACGAAGGAAACGAAACUAAAAAUGAAACUUAUAUAUAAAACCCAGCAACAGUAUAAAAGUAAAAAUAAAAAACAGCAAAACUUAGAAAGGAGGAAAUGAGCAAAUGAUUAAAGAUAAACAUAAAGAAAAACCAACAAAAUUAAAAAAAAAAAAAUAAGAAAACAAAACAGAUACAAAAUUAAUGAGAAUUGUUGAAAGUUUGUUUUGAAAUGCAUGUAACCAUAAACAUAAAUGGGCAUAAGCAUUCAAAUGUACGAAAAAACUUGAGAGAAAAAUCAGUUAAACUAAGAAACACUAUGAUUUGCAAUUAAAGAAACAAAACAAACGCGCUAAAUAAUAAUAACAGUCAAAGUAUCACAUUUAUAAUGAAAUAGCAAGCAAAUAUGUAAAAAGCUCGGUGUAAGGUAGACAAAAGAACGGUGACUGAACAUAUGCAAGUGUGUAAGGAGGGCAGUUCAAAAUCUACAAAUUGUGUGUGUUUUUGUGUAAACGCUUGCAGAAUACACUUUUUUUUUUAGUAUAGCCAAAGGGCACCGAUUGAACGCUGGCACGGCAUUUAUUCAUAACUUUAUAUUAUAUAGCAACAAGUGAAAAGGAUUAAAACAACUACAAAACAAUUACAUAUAAAAAAGAAAUGAAUAAUUAAAUAUUUAAAAAAUAUGCACUAUAUAAAGCGUUAGGUUUAAUAUUUUAUUGUAUGUUUUUGGAUCAUGCUUGUAUAAAUAUAGUAGCAAACAAAACGCUGUAGCAGGGUCUUUACCAUUGAGACUAUUUACUGAAUAGAAUAAAGAAGUACUAAUUAAUUUGCCUUUGCAGAAACGAAAA